AUGACUAGCGGCUUCGGCUAUGAUCAUGUGAAUGACAAGUACAAGCUUGUUGAGAUUCUACAUGAGAUAACGAAAUGUGCAAUCAGAAUUUAUACAUUUUGCCGGAACCCUUGCAAGAGUGCCAUUCAAGAUAUUCCAAUUGGCAGCAUAAAUGGUGAUGAUAGAGGGGUAUUUGUGCCUGGCACCGCCACUCUUAACUUUGUGAAUGAGACUUUUACUGAGUUUUUCCUGCCUCUCAAUAAUCAGUAUAAUAAAACCAUCUUCCCACAGUUAUGUUUGUUGAGGAACUGCCUUGCAUGUUGUUUUAAUCAUGAGAAAAUUCAUUGGUCUGUAUGGGUAAUGAAAGAGUAUGGAGUGCCUCAAUCUUGGACUAAAUUCGUCAUCAUCCCCUGUUACCCGCGUCUAUCUUCGCAUAUAUCUAGUGAUCAUUUACGGCCUUUGUAUAUCUGGAAAAAUGUUAUUAUGGCAGUUGCAUCGUCUUCAAAGAUAGUUCUUUAUAACUUUGAUAAUGGCAGCUUUGAAUUUCCUUGGAUGGGGGGUGGUGGUGGUUCUGGUUUUGGUGGUGGUGGUGGUGGCAUGAUUUUGGGGAAGAAGGGAUAG